AUGGUGAGCUGGUGGUACAAUGGACACUUGACAGGUAAAGAAGCCGAGGGGCUCCUGACGUCCAAAGGCAAACCAGGGAUUUUCCUGGUCUGGGAGAGCCAAAGCAAAACUGGGGACUUCACUUUGUCCAUCAGGAGGAAUGACAAGGUGACCCACAUCAAGAUCCAGAAUAUGGGAAACUACUACGACCUCUAUGGUGAGAAGUUUGCCACUUUGCCUGAGCUGGUCCAGUACUACACCGAACAGCAGCCUCUGCUGCGGGAGAAGAACAGCAAUAUCAUAGAGCUGAAAUACCCCCUCAAAUGUCAGAAUCCUGCCUUGGAAAUGCGGUAUAAUGGCCGCUUGAAAGGCAAAGAAGCCGAACAGCUCCUGACAUCCAAAGGCAAACCAGGGAGUUUCCUGGUCUGGGAGAGCCAAAGCAAAUGGGGAGACUUCCCUUUGUCCAUCAGGAGGAAUAACGAGGUGACCCACAUCAAGAUCCAGAAUAUGGGGAACUACUACGACCUCUAUGAUGAGAAGUUUGCCACUUUGCCUGAGCUGGUUCAGUACUACACCGAACAGCAGCCUCUGCUGCGGGAGAAGAACAGCAAUAUCACAGAGCUGAAAUACCCCCUCAGUUGCCAGAAUCCUGCCUUCGAAAGGUGGUACAAUGGCUAUUUGACAGGCAAAGAAGCUGAGGGGCACCUGAAGUCCUAA